GAUUGCUCCUCCCUACUCUGCCUUCCGAUUGCUCCUCUCUACCCAUCUUCCAUCUGUCGCACUUCUCAUCAGAUCCCGAGCUUGACUUUUCCGGCAUCCUCAUCUGCCGAUUGCACCUCUCUAUCCAUCUUCUCCAUCUGUCGAUUGCUCCAUCUUUUUUCCCUUUCUCCGAUUUUGCAUCUCCCUUUUUCUGAUUCCGCCUGUUAACAGGUAAUUCUUUUCACUUGUUUUUCUCAUUCUAUUAUAUAAUUUCGUUACAAGUUGAGAUUUUGAGUUUUUGGGUUUUUCUUGUUUUUAUUCCAAAAUGGUCGCUGCUUUUGCGAGCUCUCGAAGGCUCGUCAGGCGCCCUUGGAAGUUAUCCUUUCUGCCAUUUGUCUUUUUUAAGAAUUAUGUCGUUUAUGGGGAGGGAGGAUCUAGGAUUAUUAGUAGGGAAUUGAACAAAGUAAACUCAGAGAUGUGGAGAUUUAGAGAGAGAGAUAGAAAGCAAUGGUGGCCGUGGAAGAGUUCGAGGCUGUGCCUGUGGAUUGGUUCAUCUGAUAUUUUUUCCUUAAUCUUCAGAGGCCUGUCAGAUUUGGUGGGUAUGCAUUAUGCUGGAUACUUGUCACAAAAAUGCUUGCAAACUCUGCUCUUUAAUGGUUAAUUUUGUUGAAACAAUGUUGUUUUAGACAUGGGUUUCUUUCAAAAGCUGUGUUCUUUUAAUUUCGUUUUUCUUUUCGUUGUUGUUCCAUGGUUAUCUCAUAGAGCAGAUGUUGUGAUUGAUUUCAAUGAUGUGUUUCUUUGUUAUUUUUGUUUACUUCUAAGAAAAUGAGAAACAUGGAUUUUUGCUAGACAAUUUCCAUGAACUUAUACUUGUUUUUUGCUUGGAAACUGUUUGAAUGAAUGCCUAAAUGACCAAAUGUAGUCAUAGUAGCAAAAGCAUUAGUCAGGUUGCAAGAGCAAGAAGAUUUGCUUCAAUGUCCAUACCAUGUUAAAUAUGUCCUCCUUAAGAGUUUUACAGAAUGAAAUGGCUUUUGGGGUUUUAUAAUUUCUUCAAACCCAAUCAUUGAGACUCUUACAGUUUUCUUUUCUCAAUUAUUUUUUCUUUCCUAAUAACGACAGCUACAAAACCUUCUGUUCGUGACAAAAGUUUAUCUAUUUUGUAGAAUGUUGACUCACUGGAUUUUGUUUCCUUAUACGCUUGAUCGUAAAGAAUGAAGAUCUUGAAGAAUUGAAAGAGUUAGGAUCUGGCACAUUUGGAACUGUUUAUUAUGGAAAGUGGAGGGGAACAGAUGUUGCUAUUAACGAGGAUAAAAAAGAUAUC